CUCUCCGGCUAGUCCCGGCUCGGGCGCCUUCAGCCGGGAGGCGCCCGCGGCGCGGAGCCCCACCAGCCGUCCUGCCGCCGUCCGCGCGGGCCAGCCGUCCCCUCGGGGCCUCUGGGCCCCCGGCCCGCGGCUCCGGGGGACGAUCGGGGACCCCAGGGGCCCCGCCGUCUCAGGGGGCGUCCAGGACGCCGCCCGUCGGGCGCCGAGGAGUGGCCGCGGUGCCCCUCGCGGCGCGCCCCGCUCCGGAAGCGGAGCCCUGGGCACGCCUGGGCCGGGGCGGUGGCCGCGCCCGGGGACCCCCGGCGGCCGCGGGGCCCGAGGGCUGGCGCUGGGAGCGCGCCGUCGGCGUGGACUGCAGCGCCCCGGAGCCGCGCUGUCUCUGGCUGCCCUGCCGGAGCCACCUCGACCAUCGCCGCGACCGACGCGCGCCGGGACCCCGCCGGGCCAGGCUGCCACUGGGCCCACGAGAUGGGUGCUCCCCCGGGCGCUCCCUCCCGUGGCAGGGGCCACGGACGCUGCUGCUGCACAAGAGCCCCGAGGACGGCUUCGGCUUUACCCUGCGCCACUUCAUCGUGUACCCACCCGAGUCGGCCGUGCACUGCCGCCUGAAGGAGGAAGAGAAUGGAGGCCGAGGAGGAGGACCCUCCCCCCGGCACCGCUUGGAGCCCGUGGACACCAUCUUUGUCAAGAAUGUGAAGGAAGAUGGGCCGGCCCAUCGGGCUGGGCUGCGCACAGGAGACCGGCUGGUAAAGGUGAAUGGGGAGCGUGUCAUCGGGAAGACUUACUCCCAGGUCAUCGCUCUGAUCCAGAACAGCGAUGACACCCUGGAGCUGUCCAUCAUGCCCAAGGAUGAGGACAUCCUCCAGCUGGCCUACUCCCAGGAUGCCUAUCUGAAGGGGAACCAACCAUACUCCGGAGAGGCCCGCAGCAUCCCAGAGCCGCCCCCGCUCUGCUACCCCCGCAAGACCUACGCAGCGCCAGCCCGGGUCCCCACCUGGGCCACUAUGGUGCCUGAGCCCCUCUCAGCACUGCCCAGCGACCCCCGGAGUCCUGCUGCCUGGAGCGACCCCGGAGCCUGUGCGGUGCCCGCCGCCCGCCCGCACUCGGGCAUGAGCCAGCCCCGCCCCAGCCCUGGUGCCUUCCCCCGCCUCCCCGCCGAGCCCCGGACGCCCCGUGCCUUCCCGGAGCCUGGCAGCCGGCCGCCCCCCAGCAGACUGGAGUGCCAGCAGGCCUUGUCGCACUGGCUGUCGAACCAGGUCCCCCGCAGGGCGGGGGAGAGACGGUGCCCCUCCAUGCCACCCCGGGCCCGCAGCGCCUCCCAGGACCGCCUGGAGGAGGUGGCAGCCCCCCGCCCGUGGCCCUGCUCCACCUCGCAGGGCGCCCUGAGCCAGCUGGGCCAGGAGGGCUGGCACCGAGCUCGCUCCGAUGACUACCUGAGCCGGACCACCCGCUCGGCCGAGGCCCUGGGACCAGGAGCGCUGGUGUCCCCCCGCUUCGAGCGCUGUGGCUGGGCUUCCCAGCAUCCGUCUGCCCGCGCCGCAGCCUGUCCACCCAGAGACCUGUCCGGGUCCCAGGCCCCCGCCCCAGCCGGACUGCAGGGCCUGGACGAUAUGGGGUACGUGGGCUACAGGAGCUACAGCCCCUCGUUCCAGCGCCGGACGGGCCUUCUGCACGCACUCUCCUUCCGGGACUCUCCCUUCGGGGGGCUGCCUACCUUCAACUUGACCCAGUCCUCAGCCGCAUUCCCACCCGAGGCUGCCGAACCCCCCCGCGGGGGCCGGCCGGAGCCCAGCGUCACCCGGGCCCUGGAGCCGCCACCUGAAGAGCCCCGGGACGAGGUGGUGCUGAGGCAGAAGCCGCCCACAGGCCGCAAGGCCCCCGUGCCCCCCGCCAGGCGGAUGCACCUUGGCCACGCAGAUGAGGGCACCGAGCCAGAGGCCAGCGGGCGUGGGGAACGCCUGGGCAGGAAGGUGACGCCUUUGGCCACCACAGAAGAUUCUCUGGCUUCCAUCCCCUUCAUCGACGAGCCCACCAGCCCCAGCAUUGACCUGCAGGCCAAGCACGUCCCCGCCUCGGCUGUGGUGUCCAGCGCCAUGAACUCGGCCCCCGCCCUGGGCACCAGCCCGUCCUCCCCGACCUUCACCUUUGCCCUCGGCCGCCAUUACUCACAGGACUGCAGCAGCAUCAAGGCAGGUCGUCGCUCCUCCUACCUGCUGGCCAUCACCACGGAGCGCUCCAAGUCCUGUGAUGAUGGACUCAACACCUUCCGUGACGAGGGCCGCCCUCUGCGGCGCCUCCCUAACCGAGUGCCCAGUCUGCGGAUGCUUCGAAGCUUCUUCACAGACGGGUCCCUGGACAGCUGGGGCACUUCAGAAGACGCCGAAGCUCCUGCCAAGCGGCACUCCACGUCGGACCUCUCGGAUGCGGCCCUCAGCGAUGUCAGGAGGGAAGGCUGGCUGUGCUAUAAGCAGGUCCUCACCAAGAAGGGGAAGAAAGCGGGCGGCGGCCUGCGCCAGUGGAAGCGGGUGUACGCCGCGCUGCGGGCGCGCUCGCUCUCCCUGAGCAAGGAGCGGCGGGAGCCCGGGCCGGCGGCGGCGGGGGCGGCGGCGGCCGUCGCAGGUGAGGACGAGGCGGCGCCCGUCUGCAUCGGCUCCUGCCUGGUGGACAUCUCCUACAGCGAGACCAAGAGGAGGCACGUGUUCCGGCUGACCACCGCUGACUUCUGUGAAUAUCUCUUUCAGGCUGAGGACCGGGAUGACAUGCUGGGCUGGAUCAGAGCUAUCCGGGAGAACAGCAGGGCCGAGGGCGAGGACCCCGGCUGUGCCAACCAAGCUCUGAUCAGCAAGAAGCUUAAUGAUUACCGCAAAGUGAGCCAUAGCUCUGGGCCUAAGGCCGAUUCCUCCCCUAAAGGCUCUCGUGGCCUGGGGGGCCUCAAGUCUGAGUUCCUCAAGCAAAGUGCGGCCCGGGGCCUCAGGCCUCAAGACCAGUCUGCAGGGAAUAAAGAUGACGGUGCUGCCCCCCCCAGAACUCCAUGGGGCAUUAACAUUAUCAAGAAGAACAAGAAAGCAGCACCCCGGGCGUUUGGGGUCCGGCUGGAGGAGUGCCAGCCGGCCACGGAGAACCAGCGUGUCCCGCUGAUCGUGGCUGCCUGCUGUCGCCUGGUUGAGGCUCGGGGGCUGGAGUCCACGGGCAUUUACCGGGUGCCCGGGAACAACGCAGUGGUGUCCAGUCUGCAGGAGCAGCUCAACCGUGGGCCUGGGGACAUUAACCUGCAGGACGAGCGCUGGCAGGACCUCAAUGUCAUCAGCAGCCUGCUCAAGUCCUUCUUCCGGAAGCUGCCAGAGCCACUGUUCACCGACGACAAGUACAACGACUUCAUCGAGGCCAAUCGCCUUGAGGACUCCCGGGAGCGGAUGAAGACGCUGCGGAAGCUGAUCCGGGAUCUCCCAGGCCACUACUACGAGACCCUCAAAUUCCUUGUGAGCCACCUGAAGACCAUCGCCGACCACUCGGAGAAGAACAAGAUGGAGCCCCGGAACCUGGCCCUGGUGUUCGGGCCCACACUGGUGAGGACGUCCGAGGAUAACAUGGCCGACAUGGUGACGCACAUGCCCGACCGCUACAAGAUCGUGGAGACGCUGAUCCAGCACUCAGACUGGUUCUUCAGUGACGACGAGGACAAGGGAGAGCGAACCCCCGUGGAUGACAAGGAGCCUCAGUCGGUGCCCAACAUCGAGUACCUUCUACCCAACAUUGGCAGGACAGUGCCCCCUGGUGACCCGGGAUCAGAUUCCACCACCUGCAGCUCAGCCAAGUCCAAGGGCUCGUGGGCGCCCAAGAAGGAGCCGUACACCCGGGAGAUGCUGGCGAUCUCCUUCAUCUCGGCCGUCAACCGCAAGCGCAAGAAGCGGCGGGAGGCGCGCGGCCUGGGCAGCAGCACGGACGACGACUCGGAGCAGGAGGCGCUCAAGGCGGGCCCGGGCGGCGCGGAACCGGCGCCGGCGCCGCUGGCGGGCGCGGCGGCACCCGAGGCGCGCGGGGCGGCGGCGGCGGCGGCGGACACGCGCUCCAUCGUGUCGGGCUACUCCACCCUGUCCACCAUGGACCGCAGCGUGUGCUCGGGCGCCGGGGGCCGGCGGGCGGGCGCGGGCGACGAGGCGGACGACGAGCGCAGCGAGCUGAGCCACGUGGAGACGGACACGGAAGGCGGCGGCGCGGGGCCCGCGGGCCGCCUGGGGCGCCGGCCCUCCUUCAGCUCGCACCGCCUCAUCCCCUGCGACACGCUGGCGCGCCGCCGCCUGGCGCGCGGCCGCCCGGACACCGAGGGCGCGGGCGCGGGCGCGGGCCGCGGCGGGCCGCGCGCCGUCGAGGGCCCGGGCUCGGCGUCGUCCAGCAGCCAGGAGUCGCUGCGCCCCCUGGCGGCCGCGGCGGCGGCGGCGCUGGGCGCGCGACCCUCGCGCCUGGAGGCGCUGCGCCUGCGCCUGCGCGGCACCGCCGACGACAUGCUGGCCGUGCGGCUGCGGCGCCCGCUGUCCCCCGAGACGCGGCGGCGCCGCAGCAGCUGGCGGCGCCACACGGUGGUGGUGCAGAGCCCGCUCACCGACCUCAACUUCAACGAGUGGAAGGAGCUGGGCGGCGGGGGCGCCCCGGAGCCCGCGGGGCCCCGCGCGCACAGCGACAACAAGGACUCGGGCCUCAGCAGCCUGGAGUCCACCAAGGCGCGCGCCGCGCCCGCGCCCGCACCCGCGGACCCCGGGGCCCCGCACGGCCAGCCCCCGCGCCGCUCGGCCGCCGCCCGCCUCCACCAGUGUCUGUGACGGGGCUCCCCGGGCGCGCCCCC